UGAGUAUCGUAACAACGUGGCCGGAGGAAAGGCGCAUAGUAAGGCAUCCAAUAGUUAUUUUCCUAUAGCUGGAAGAAUGCGGGAAUUAGUAUGGGACGAUGAAUUAGAAUACAAUGCAAAACUGCACUUGGCUGCAGCAAAAAUGAUGGCUCAUGACAAUUGCCGUAACACGGUCCGUUACAUAUUGGCUGGGCAAAAUUUGGGCUCUACUGCAACGGAUAAUAAAAUGACUGUACUUGAGGCUGUUGUCGAUCAAUUGAAAUUGAUGUACAAUGAGAAAGAUCUUGUAACCGAUACAUCGAAAUUCGCGGACAAGUUAAGGAGUGAAGAAUCCGGUCAUUUUACGCAAUUGAUGGGAGAUAGAAACUCACGGGUUGGAUGUGCUUUUGCUCUAGGACUUAACUGUACUCAUCACAAGGGGGACGCGAAAGUCUAUUCAUAUUGCUAUUAUUUGGCUUGUCACUACGAUUUCUCGAAUGUCUCGCGAUGGCGCCUGUACAAAACGCAUCCAAACACUCCGGGUGCUCAUUGCAGUGAAUGGAAUGUCGGCAUGAAUACUGACCCUAGAUACAGUCACCUUUGUGAAGCAACCCCAAAAGAACUAUUCGAUUACUCUGAUAAGAAUGGUUAA